UAUUGGUAACGCUACCUUAACUUUAAAAACCAUUUCGCUGGUGGGGGGAUCAAAAAUAACUAUUAGUAGAAUGCUUAAUGCUUAUCAAAAGCUCAAAAGGUAGUACUUUCUUAUCAAAUUGUUCAAUUUAUUCGUUGUUACAGUGAAAUUUGCAGAUGCAUUGAAAACAAUAACAAGUUUAAAUUAUAGUGCAGUGACUCAUAAUACGAAUUAUACGAGAAAUUAUUUUAAAAAUUAUUGUUAUGUUGAUUCAUGAUUAUGCUCUAGCUAUAAAUAUUUAAGAUUUAGAUUGAUGCAUAGUGCAUAUGCAAUUGAUGGGCAUGACAUUUGAACUCAAAAUAUUACCAUGAUAUUUACAUAAAAGUGUAUCGUGCAUUAUACUUCUUUAUACAUUGAAUUUUGUACCUGUUUAAUAUUGUUAACAUCCAGCCGUGAAUCAAGGGUUUGUAAGACUUUCAUGUUCUAAAAAUGUUCACAAAUAUAGAUGAACGAAUAUUUAAACAAUCUAAAUUAGCUGUAGCUAGAAAUCUUUUCGAUGUGGAAGUACCCCAUAGGAUAGGAAGUUAUGACAGGUUCAUCCCUUAUAGAGCAAAUAAUAACUGGGAAACGAGCUUUGCUACUAUACCAGACCCAAGUAAGAACACACAGACUGGUAAAAAGGCACGAGAGACUGGUGAGAACGCUAGAGACAGUUCAGUGUAUAAUAUUUUAUUGAGAAAUGAACUACUUGGUGAGAGCAUAGAAGAUGUGAAGUCUCAGUGUGACGAGAGACAAGCUUUAACUCCUGUUAAAAGUAGAAAUUUAUUUAAAUAUGGCACUCCAACUAAGAACGAUAAAACGCCUAUAAAAGCGCAAUCUAGUCCGUAUUCUCUAUCCCCUCUUAGUACAAGUAGUCAAAGGUUACUUAGAUCUCCGCAUAAAGCAACUAGAAAAAUAUCUAGGAUUCCAUUCAAAGUGCUGGACGCUCCUGAAUUGCAAGACGAUUUCUACCUUAACCUAGUUGACUGGUCCGUUCAGAAUGUCCUCAGCGUUGGACUCGGUAGCUGCGUAUAUCUUUGGUCAGCUUGCACCAGCCAGGUAACGAGGUUAUGUGAUCUAUCCAGUGACGGGAAUGUUGUUACUUCUGUAGCAUGGAGCGAACGAGGCCAUCUAGUGGCCGUAGGUACACAUAUAGGUUACGUUACGGUAUGGGACGUAGCAGUAAAUAAACAAGUAAACAAAUUGAUGGGACACACAGCCAGAGUUGGAGCGCUAGCUUGGAACGGUGACGUACUCAGUUCCGGAAGCAGGGAUAGGCUGAUUUUGCAAAGGGAUACUAGAACACCACCCAAUGUCACUGAGCGGCGGCUCGUUGGCCACCGUCAAGAAGUCUGCGGUCUCAAAUGGUCGCCUGACAACCAAUACCUCGCUUCAGGAGGCAACGACAACCGUCUGUACGUUUGGAAUAUGCAGUCACUCUCGCCCGUACAAACUUACACCGACCAUUUGGCAGCUGUCAAAGCCAUAGCAUGGUCGCCCCAUCACCACGGGUUAUUAGCUUCUGGAGGAGGGACAGCCGAUAGGUGUAUUAGAUUCUGGAACACUUUGACUGGUCAACCAAUGCAGUGCGUGGAUACUGGUUCCCAAGUCUGCAACCUGGCUUGGUCGAAACACAGCUCUGAACUAGUUUCGACACACGGUUAUUCGCAAAAUCAAAUCCUCGUAUGGAAAUAUCCGAGUCUUACGCAAGUAGCGAAACUGACUGGCCAUUCGUACAGAGUACUCUAUCUAGCUCUGUCUCCAGACGGAGAAGCCAUAGUGACAGGCGCCGGCGAUGAAACGCUCAGGUUUUGGAAUGUCUUUAGCAAGGCCCGAUCUCAAAAAGAGACUAGAUCGGUUCUGAGUUUGUAUACUGGCAUACGUUAAAAUUUUAUUGUAUAUACAGAGUGAGACUAAUGUAUGAAACGCUCCAAUUAUUUUGGAAACGACUUCUACGAUAUUUCUGAUUUUUGGAGGAUAUGUAAUACGGUCGAUCUUCAAGUGGUAUUCACGUUGUUGUCAUAUCUUCCGUUUUUCCGAAAAUAUAACCUUUGUUAUUUCAAAAUCUAACAUGAGUUGGAAAUUAUUACAUUUAGGUAUAGGAAACAUUAACAAAGUCAUUAUAUUUUCGGAAAAAUGAAAGUUACCACUUGAAAAUAGGCCACAUUAUAAAUCUCCCA